UAUGCCCAGAAACACGAGGGGUGGAGGACUGGCCGGGGGGGAAGAAUGGGGAUUGUUUUUCUCUGUCCUAAAAAGGGCCAUCUGAACUUGGUCUAGGAACAAGUAGUUAAAGUUAUGAAGCUGUUACUAUCAGUCCAUCUCACAAUGGAAUUUUUAUCUGAAGCUAAAAAUAACAAACAAUGAAGCUACACAUACCGUUGUCUCUGUUCUACAAAUCCCACCUCUUUCAUGAAUACACACACAUCCUGCUUUUAGAAGUCUAAUUAAAAUGCCUCCAGAAGAAAAUAUGUGCAUGGUAUCAAGUUUGUAGAUAUUCUUGAAUGAAUUUUUAAAGGAACAUUGCACAUUUUUACCAGAGAUGAUACAUCAGAUUGGGCUACAUAUUGCAUUAUAUUUAUAUCAUGAUGGAAGUAAUACAUGAACUAAUACCAGCAUAUCAGGGUUUGCUCACAAUGCAUUUUUCUUCCUCAUUGUUCUGUGUGGAAAUGUAUUUUUAUAUGUUUCUAUGCAUUGUAUAACCCGUGAAUGAAUGUAAAUAUUUUUCAGCUGUUUUGGCCUUAUUAAGAUUUUUAUGAAUUACCACUUUACCUUGACAGGUACUGUAUGUUUUGUAUUAUUAUUAUUUUUUUUUUUUUUGCCACGUGUGCCUCAAAUACAGAUACCCAGUUUUACACAGCUGAUGUCAACAGACUCACUUUUAUCUGGAUUCUGUUCCUUUAUUAAAUGAGCAGCUACGUGCCAGAUUUUACACAGUUUAGCCUGCAUGGGACUCUACUUAUUUAGUCUGGCACUUUUUUGGCUUUCACAAAUACACACAGCUGGGUUAACUUUUGUUGCUGGCUCCUACUUAAACCGCUCUCAAUCUCUCUCCCUCUUGACUUCAGUGGGUUAUUUUUAGGUGAAGAUUUUAAGGAAAUAGUUGAAAAGCCUUCUCAUAUGCUGCACUGCAGUGACACCUUGUGUUCAGUACAGUUACACUCAUUCUAGCUGAUGGCUCUGUUCUGCUGCUGAUCCUUGAAGUCUGUAAGAAGUGCCUUCAGGGAAGGAGUAUCACUUGUCCUCUAUUCUUUGCACAUUCAUUACUCAUCAGUUGGAAGUACAGGUCUCUCUCUAAGCCUCUCUGCACUCAAUAGCUGUCAUUCCACUGUCACUCACAUGAACAAAGUCAUCCCCAAGACAGUGUAAGUUGAUCUAUGCACUGGCGGUCAAGGCCAGAGAACUGGUAAUUCUAUCUACGCUACUUAAGGAUGUAAGGAUGCAUAACACAGUGGGACAUAUAUGUAUGCGGUAUUAAAGGUGGAAUAAUUUUAUACAGAUUCCAUUAAGGCAAGCAGCUACUUUAUGGAAGCUAAGAGGGGUCCAAAUAAAGGCUGAAGAAAAAACAACCCAGUGGUGUCAGAAUUAUGAUACUAAGAACUGGAUUACACAAAUGGCUCUUCUCUGAUGCCUGAUAUAUGAUGGUUAGUGUGACUGGUGAGAGGCAUAUCAUCAUUUUAUUAUUCUGUUUACUUUCAUUUAGUGCAAUAUUUGUUUGUUUAGUUUAGUUUUUGUUUUGUUUUGUUUUUUAAUAUGAUAUGCUUUAUAUCUUGUGUUGAGACCUCAUAGCUUGCUUUCUUUGCUGUAGCAGUAUUUGUAAUUGUAAUCUUCGUAUUACCGAGCUCAUCCCAAGCACUUGAAAGCAGCAUCGGACACCACCAAAGCACAACACGUCCUUCCCGGGAUUUUCAGGCGUUCCGUUGCCACGGAGCUGAGUUUGUUUGCUUCCUCCGGCUCAUGCAAAGUGAAAGGUUGUGCUUUAAAAUAAAGUGAGGACCUCGUGAAAAAAAAACAAAAAACAAAACUCGGAAUAACUGUGACUGUCCUCGCUGGUCAGACGUGCUGGGUAUGUGGACAACAUAGUGGAAGGACUUUUAAAGUUUUUCAACAUGCCUCUCUCUGUCCCUGCAAUGAGUGGCAGAGUAGCAGAGGGCCGCCUGCAGGUCCUUCAGAUCUACCGCCUGCUGCAGUGUGUCCAUGAAGGGGAUAAGUUGCAGAUAGAGAAGAUGGUGAACCUUGGGGUGGAAAACCUCAUCAAUCUCACCGAGCCACAGGACGGCAAAGGGGUGCUUCAUGUGGCAACUUCAGCCAACAAUCAGGACCUGGUCAGUUUCCUUCUCUCACAGGGUGCACACCCUAACAUCCAGGACAAGAAGGGCUGCACCCCAGUCAUGUUAGCUGCUGAGCUGGGCAAUGAUGCCAUAGUGGCUCUGUUGGCAAAAAGCCAUGCUGACCUGAGGCUCCAAGAUGCUGAGGGCAAAGGUGUGCUGUUCUACUGCAUCUACCCCACCAAGCGCCACGCCCGCUGCCUGCAGGUGGCGCUGAAGUGCCAGGCAGAUGCCAACAACGUGUCAGCAGAGGGGACUCACGUCUUCCAGCUGAUGUGUGAAAAAGCUCAGGAGUGCACCCCCAUGUGCCUCAUCAUGCUGGAUGGUGGGACAGACCCCAAUGCAAAAGACCAGAAAACUGGCAUCACAGCAUUGAUGGAGGCAGCCAAGGCAGGCUCCCUGCAGCUUGUGCGAGUAAUUCUCAAGAAAGGGGGAAACCCCAACGCCCUGGACCGAAAGCGCCUCACAGCAGUGCACUAUGCCGCCAUGGGGGGCUUUUUGGAGGUGAUUCAGGUGCUGUCUGCGUACUCAGCAGACAUGGGCGUGAUUAGCCUUGAGGACUGCACACCCCUACACUACGCUGCUGCCACGGGCAAUGCUAACUGCUGCAAGUUCCUGGCACAGAGAGGUUGUAACCCCAAACUGAAGAACCAGGAAGGUUUGCUGCCACGUCAGAUUGCCAAAGACGCCGGUCACAAAGCAGCAGCCAAGGAGCUGAGGAAAGCUGAGAGGCAACAGGGGAAAGGCAACAAAUCCAGCACUGUCUACCUCCUGUCAGAGCUCUGGGCCCUGACCCUCCACGACUGGUCUCAUGAGUAUGAGACUGAAUUACGGCAAGCCUUCGGGGACAAACCAGACACGGUUACCAGAGAGAUGUUUAUGUCAGUGUUAGAGGAACUAAACGCUCCAGUUGAACUAGACCAACUCCACACUGUCAUUUCAGCGCAUGACAAGGGAAAAGACGGUUGUAUCAACAUUAAUGAUUUCAUCAAAGGUGUCAAGUACAUCAAGAAACCGUUCCUCCUUUCCUCUUAUAUGCCUAAAAAGAAAAAGGGGGAAAAGGGAGGAAAAGGAGGUAAGAAGAAGGGUAAAUUUGUUCUCCCAAUGCCCAUUUGCACCCUCCCACCUGAGCUCAUGCCCCGGCGACCGGACGGAGGCCCACCUCACUUCAUGAUUGAGACAUACUACAACCGCUCAGACAUCCGUCGAUUCGACCGUGAUCACCCACCAGAACAUCCCAUCAUGAAUGACUCUGGAUGGUACAUGGAGAAGCCAGAGAAGGUCUACGUCAACAUCAACUACUGCGUGAAAAGUGGAGAUCUGGAGUCUCUGGACCUCGCUUUCAGUCAGGGGGUUCCUGUGGAUGUUCAAGAUCCGUUUUAUAAAACCCCGCUGAUGGUGGCCUGCUCCAGUGGAAACCAUGUGGUGGCUCAGUACCUCCUCGGCCAGGGGGCCGAUAUAAAUGUGUGUGACCAGUUCUUCUGGACGCCCCUACACCAUGCUGCUCACGCUGGACAUGUGGAACUUAUUGAACUUCUGGUAGAGGCCGGGGCCACCAUAGAUGCUCGGGCCCUCAGUGGCGGCACGCCCCUCAUGAGGGCCAUCGAGAGCUCUCGACCCUCCUGUGUGGACUUCCUCAUCAAGGCGGGUGCCAGUGUUAAUGCAGAGAACAAGAAAGAACAAAACUGCCUUGACAUCGCCAGAGCGUUUGCAGACUCCAGGAUAAUUGACUUGGUCAAAGACAAGAUGGAUUCUCUGCCUAAACCAAAGGAGACAGCGAAGGGAAAGGGGGGCAAAGCUCAAAAACCUAAACCUGCUAAAGCGAAGGGCAGUCCUGCAGAAGGUGCCGUGCAGGCAGACACAUCGACUGCAACAGCAGAGAAAAUUUUUCAGAAGGAUUCAAAGAGCAUCAUCCUGCAAAACACUAUGAUCACUACAGGGAAAACCAACACUAUGGAUAUCACCUUUGUGCCAAAAACGGUUUGGGGGAAGCCGCCCACCACCAGCCAGCUGAUGUCAAAGAUAGAGAGACGGAAGGAGCUCUUAUCCCUCGAGGUUGACUUUGACGACUUCAUGAUGCCUUUCAGCCAGAACAUCCAGAGCUCAACGCUGGAGCUAGUAAAAUCCACAGAGUAGACCUGAAUGUGCAUGGUGUGGACUACAGAGAGAGGGAGAGCGACAUAGACAGUAAAUGAGGACAAGAGAGAAAGAGAGAGAGCGCGAGAGGGAAGCUGAUUGAAGGGAGCAGGAAACCAGACCAAACAUGGGCA